CAAUAACAGCUGGUAUUUUAAAAGCCUUCAUAAUCCUUGAUAACACUGUCAAUCAUCUGACAUAUCUAGUUAGUCCAGUGUAUGUGCAGCUAGUGUACCAUUUUUACUGUUGACAAUGGCCACACAAAUUAAGCUCACCUAUUUUCCUAUCAUUGGGCUUGCCGAGCCAAUCAGAUUUCUGCUAGCUUAUUUAGGAAAGGAGUAUGAAGACUUCAGAUUCGACAGGAAAGACUGGCCAGAAAUAAAAAAAGGAACUCCCUGGGGGAAGAGCCCUGUGCUGGAAAUAGGCGGGCAAAAGGUGACUCAAUCCAUCGCAAUAACCCGCUACCUAGGGAAAGAGGCGGGGCUGGCGGGCAAAGACAGCUGGGAGGACAUGCGGAUCGAUGAGAUUGUUGGUGUCAUUGAUGAUAUGCGUGCAGAAAUCGCCAAUUUCCACUACGAUCCGGAUGAAGUCAGAAAGGCAGGUAAACUAGUGCCACUUGUCAACGAGAUUGUGCCGUUUUACAUGAAGAAACUGGAUGCUCAUGUUAAAGAAAAUAAUGGAUUUUUGGCUAACGGAAAGUUGUCUUGGGCAGACUUUUACUUCUCCGCCAUCAGUGAAUACUUGAGUUAUAUGUUCCGCUCAGAUAUUACGGACGGCUAUCCGAACGUCAAAGAUCUGAAGAUGAGGAUCUACGCUCUGCCAGCGAUCAAAGCGUGGAUUGAUAGAAGACCCGCUAACAUCUACCCAACCUACCCCAACCUUUGAACUCUAUUGAAAGGGAUUGAUGUUUUGUUGUUUGACAAUUCUGGUUUGGCUUUUGAUUUAUAUCCGUAUUUAUCACACCAUAUACUACAUUUUAUUUGUUAUUGUGUAUUAUAUUAUACAAUGUAUAUAAAACGUAAUUUUGAACGUUUAUUUUGAAAGUUGUAUGGAUGAUGUGUACUCUAAAAUUUAAGUACACAGGUAAAUUUCUUUUAUACAAAUAAACUAUUCCUAUCUCUCCUGUUCACAUUAUACUUACUAUAUAUAUAUAUAUAAGUAUAAUGUAUUGAUCCCUCUUCUUCUGACACAAAUUCAUUGAAUGCCAACUUAAAUUGAGUUUCCAACUCAUUUAUGUUUUUAUGUAAAAAAACCUAACUAUAAAGGAGCUUUGCUUUAUAAAAAUGUGCCUGACCACCUCAAGAAAGUAAAUGGACAGCACUUUAGUAGAAAACAAGACAGACCUUGUCCUUGUUCUUGUUGUGUUGUUUGUGCCUUUAGUAAUGGCUGGAGGACAGACCUUUCUCCACGGAGAAAGACUUUUCUGGAGGGUUCUAACUAGAAAAGAGAAAGUAUAAUUUACAAACAUUGACUUUUACACUCUUCCUGUAACAAACAUAUUUUUUACUUUUGUUCUGUUCUCCAUAAAUAUGUACAAUAAAGAAUCUGAAUCUGAGUACUUCACAUUUUAUUAGUAAUUUCAGUGACAUAGAAAGUGUUACUGUUCAAAAAUAACUGCAUGUUUCUUGGAUCCUAUGUAAUAAAAAAAUGUCCAAAAACUU